AUGAUACAACUUGGAGUUUCCGGAAAUAAACUUACAGGAAUGAUUCUUCCAUCAAACAUUGAACUUCCAAAUCUCGAGGGUCUUUACUUGGAUUUAAAUGAUUUUAGUCGAACAUUUCCCAACUUUAUCACCAACUUGUCCAGGCUCUUCAUUCUAGAUAUUUCAGCCAACUCAUUCUUGGGUUUUAUUCCUAUUACAAUUGGCAAUUUAAGAAAUCUUGAGUGGCUUGUUUUGUCGGAUAAUUUCUUGACAUCUUCUACAACAAAUUUGAGCUUUCUUUCCUCUUUGACAAAUUGCAAGAAUUUAAAACAUCUAGAGCUAAAAGGAAAUCCGCUCAAUGGCAUCCUUCCGAGUUCCAUAGGGAAUCUCUCUACUUCUUUGGAAAAUGUUUACAUGAAUGAUUGUAAUAGUAGUGACAACAUUCCCAAAGAAAUCAAAAACUUAAACAACUUGAUGGAUAUACUGUUACAAAACAAUGAAUUGAUUGGGCCUAUCCUAGUUACACUUGGUGGGCUACAACAACUCCAGGGUUUGAACCUUGGAAAUAAUAAAUUAGAAGGAUCCAUCCUGGAUCAUCUUUGUCAUUUGAAUCAAUUAGUUGACUUGCAACUAUAUGGUAACAAGAUUUAUGGAUCCAUACCUGAAUGUUUGGUUGCCUUGCUUCUUACAUUUGUGUUGAUCAAAGGCCUAAAAAAUCCCACAAAGUCAUCUACCAAUGCUUAUAUGUUACCACAAGAAACAUGGAGGAGAAUUUCUCAACACGAACAAGUGAGAGCAACAGAUGGAUUUAGUGAGAAUAACCUGCUUGGUGGAGGAAGUUAUGGUUCAGUUUACAAAGGAAGAUUAGAUGAUGGGAUGAAGCUUGCAGUAAAGGUAUUCCACUUGCAUCUUGAAAGAGCAUUGACGAGUUUUGAAGUUGAAUGUGAAGUAAUGAGUCAUAUUCGUCAUCGAAAUCUUGUCAAAAUCAUCAGCUGUUGUUCAAAUGAUGAUUUUAAAUCUUUGAUACUGGAGUACAUGCCCAAUGGGAGCUGAAAAUGCUUGUAUUCUGACAACAACGUUUUGGAUAUAUCCCAUAGGUUAACCAUAAUGAUUGAUGUUGCAUCAGCUUUGGAAUAUCUCCAUUUUGGUUAUUCAAAUCCCAUCAUUCAUUGUGACUUAAAGCCUAGCAACGUCUUGCUAGACGAAAAUAUGGUUGCACAUUUAAGUGAUUUUAGCAUCGCAAAGCUCUUAGGCGAAAAAGACUCUAUGACACAAACACAGACCGUUGCCACCAUUGGUUAUAUGGCACCAAAUAAUUAUUUUUAA